UAUUUGAGGUUUUGUCCUUGGAUCAACCCUAGGUGGCAGAUUUGAGCCGGCCCUGCGGUCUCAUAGCAACACGGCGUAAAUAACAGGGAACUGCGGAGCACGAGUAAAUAUCCGACAAAAGAAUGAGACCUCCGUUCACUGCUGGUUAAAUAGACGAAUGAAUCUAAGAACGUCAACCGAAGCAGAGCCAUCUAGAGAAACUACUACAGAUUAGACACACGACUGAUGAUUGCUUGCUAGUCAAUGGGGCUGUUUGACAAGCUGGUCGGAUGGCUGGGGUUAAAGAAGGAGGUCAACGUUCUAUGUCUCGGUCUGGACAACAGUGGGAAAACCACCAUCAUCAACAAACUAAAACCCUCUAAUGCUCAGGUUCAAGACAUCGUUCCAACAAUUGGCUUCAAUAUAGAGAAGUUUAAAACAUCCAGCCUUUCUUUCACAGUCUUUGACAUGUCCGGUCAAGGCAGAUACAGAAAUCUUUGGGAACACUACUACAAGGAAGGUCAGGCUAUCAUAUUUGUCAUUGAUAGUGCAGACAAACUGAGGAUGGUAGUGGCUAAAGAGGAGUUGGACACAUUACUAAAUCAUCCUGACAUCAAACACCGGAGGAUACCCAUAUUGUUUUUCGCUAACAAGAUGGAUGUCAGGGAUGCUCUGUCUUCUGUCAAGGUCUCACAGCUGCUCUGCUUGGACUACAUCAAAGACAAACCAUGGCACAUCUGUGCCACUGAUGCUCUGAAGGGAGAAGGUUUACAGGAGGGUGUCGACUGGUUACAAGAUCAAAUUAUACAAUCAAAUCAAACAAAUGAGAACAUGAGAGCAUGAGGAGGAACCAUCCUGCAGGAGCUGCAGCAAUUCCAUACAAAUGAUUGGCUUUUUGUUGACACAAGCUUUUAUUUUGUUACCAAAGUUUCAGUUUCCCUUGCUCUUUAUUGCUCUGACUGUAUUUAAAUAUGAGGGAUCUUUGUUAACUGUAGCUGCUUUGAGGAAAAGUCAGUAAUAGUUGAACUUUCUUUGAUUUAGAUUAGUUUGAAUGUGCUAAAAAAUGACACUUUUGGUUUUUGUUAAGCCCUUUUUUUUCUCAAAGUAACAGUAGAUUAUCACUGUACUUUUAUAGCAUUUAUAGAUUUUAAAGCACAGUGCUGCAAAAUGAUUCACUUUUCAAUUCAAAAACUGUUCAGCUGACAUCACUGUAAAGAUCCUUUGCCAGUCAUGCUUUUAUCAGGCCAUAUAUACGCUCAGUAUUAUUUCAGUUUAAUUGUGAGUAGUUCAUUUUUUUGUUGUUUUUCUUUCUUUAAUUUUUCUACUAAUAGAGCAAAGGUUAUUUCAUUCCAGUUCAUUUUGUUUUGAAGCUUAACAGACUAUUACUGAAACAUCUAAUAUGACAUGUAUUCUUUUUGGAUCAGGCUCCUCAGCUUUUCUGUAGUCAUAGCUGCAGCUAUAGGACUGAAUCAACUCUGAGAUAGCAAUGUUUUAUAUAUCUUACUUGUGACUAAGUGUUUUUACUGAAUUUCAAUUGCUUAAUAUGCUGUAAAAAUUCAUAAUAUUUGUUAGUUUGGGAAUAAAAAGUUUUCUCUUUCCAGUACAUUUUUUACCAUUGUUUUAUUUUCCCAUGGUCAUUGAUACAGUUAUUUGACUGAAGUCUUUAUAUAAUUUAUCCAUAUUAGAGGGGAAAACUACAUUUCUUUCUUUAUCAUUUUUUUUUGAGUUUCUGAAGGUAAAAGGUGUUUUUGUCAUGUACUCACAUUGGUUUAAUUUAUUGUAAUUGUUAAAUAAAGAAAUAAAAAUAAGUCAAAAUCCA